AUGCCCUGUGCAUCCGCCGCUAUGAUCUUCGCCGCCUCCCUAUUCCUCGCCGCGUCCUUCUCGACCCUCGUCGCUGUCCUCCUCUAUGUCCUUGUACAGACCGCCGUCCCUGCCUUCGGGCAUACCACUACCUCAUCCCUCGCCCUCGUGCGAGGCCUGUACUUCCCCUCAGGGAACCUAAUCAUGUCCCUCAACCCCUCAGCGUCUGCCUCGCCCAUGGUUCUUUACACCGAACCUUUAACCUAUCAUCAAGCCAUGAACAGCGACGAUCAACACCUAUGGAAAAAGGCGAUACAGACUGAGAAAGACGCCCUUGACAAAGCCCAUACCUGGGACAUUGUCAACCGACCAACCAACCGAGCAGUAGUGAAAGGGAAGUGGGUAUUUAAAGUGAAACACAACGCGGACGGAACAAUCGAGCGGUACAAAGCAAGGUACGUUGCUAAAGGCUUCACCCAAGUACAGUACCAAGACUACGAUGAGACCUUCGCCCCCGCUGCACGAUAUGAUUCUCUACGACUCCUACUGGCACUAGCUGCACACAACGGUUGGACACCACAACAAAUGGACGUCAAGUCAGCCUUCCUAUACGGUGUACUCAAGGAAGAAAUCUAUAUGGAACUGCCUGAAGGUUACAGGCAGGACAACAAGGUUUGUAAACUUCGAAAAUGCAUAUACGGACUACAGCAAUCACCCCGUGAAUGGUAUGCUUGCCUAGCAGACUCCCUUCAACGGAAAGGAUUCGUCCCAGCCAAAUUCGACCCAUGUAUCUUCAUACAUAAGAACCACCAUCUAUACAUAUCGGUGUAUGUAGAUGAUAUCAUGAUAUUCGGACCCGACUCCCCAUUCAGAAAAGAAAUCAGACAACUACUCAAGGCAGAUUUCGAAUGUACGGAUCUCGGUAACUCGAAGUUCAUACUGGGAAUAGAAAUAACGGUAACCAACAACGGUAUCACGCUAUCACAAUGCGCAUACAUCAACAAGAUCCUGGAUAAAUUUGGAAUGAGUAACUGCAAACCAGUUGGCACACCACUCGAACCGAACCUCAACCUUCACAAAGGCGAUGUAACGGGGACUAUGGGCGUAGAAACUAUGAAGCCAAGGAAUACAACCGAGGCGGAGACGUGGACGUAG